GGCGGCGCCGGAUCUGAGUCCUGGAGCUGGAGAGACGAGCUGGGGGAAUCGGCAGCAGGGAGCCAGGGCCAAGAGGGUUGUUCGGCAGCGCGCCCGCCAGGGGGCACCAGAAGUUGCCUCUAGCUCUCUCCGCAGCACUAAGGAGACUGGUACCAGACCCAGGCUGGCCUCACAAAGCAGAGGGAGGGAGCGCAGUGAACAGCCAGGGAAGGAAAGAGCGGGCGAACCAGCUAGAGAACGAGAGAUCAUCAAACCCAGGAGCCAGAGUCAGAGGCGGACCUGGGGCUGAAGCCGUAGCUGCUGAAGCCAUCGUCUCUGGAGCAGGUGCAGCCAAGAAGCAGGGACUCCCGCCCCACCACGGGCUGCCCCCCAAGAUGCCUGGCAUCAUGGUGAUCCUGGCGUGGUGUUUCCUACAAGUGGACAGUCGACGCGCGGAGGUGCUCACCGGCCACAACAAUGGCAAUUUCUUGGACAGUGACAAAUGGCUGAGCACUGUCUCCCAAUACGACAGAGACAAGUACUGGAACAGAUUCCGCGAUGAUGAUUAUUUCAGAAACUGGAAUCCAAACAAGCCCUUUGAUCAAGCUCUAGACCCAUCCAAAGAUCCCUGCUUGAAUGUGAAGUGCAGUCCCCAUAAAGUGUGUGUAACUCAUGACUACCAGACAGCUGUGUGUGUGAGCAGAAAGCAGCUGAUGCAGAGGCAAAAGAAGGGGAACAUGGCCCACAAACACUAUGGAGCUUCAAAUGUAGUCAAGUGCAAACCUUGCACAGCUUCUGCACACACCUCCCUUGUCUGCGGCUCUGAUGGUCACACUUACACCUCCAAGUGCAAACUGGAGUUCCAUGCCUGUUCCUCUGGAAAAGGCUUCAUGACCCAGUGUGAGGGACCCUGUCCAUGCCUCGCAGAGCCAGAACCUCCCAAGCACAAGGCAGAGAAGAACAGCUGCACAGACAAGGAGUUGAGGAAUCUUGCUUCCCGGCUAAAAGAUUGGUUUGGAACUCUUCAUGAGGAUGCGAAUCAUGUCAUCAAGCCCACUAGCUCAGACCCAGCACAAAGCAGGUUUGACACCAGCAUUCUGCCUAUCUGCAAGGACUCCCUGGGAUGGAUGUUCAACAAAUUAGACAUGAACUAUGAUCUCUUGCUUGACCACUCAGAGAUCAAUGCCAUUUACCUUGACAAGUAUGAACCAUGCCUCAAACCCCUCUUCAAUUCUUGUGACUCCUUCAAAGAUGGGAAACUCUCAAACAAUGAAUGGUGCUAUUGCUUUCAGAAGCCAGGAGGUCUCCCUUGCCAGAAUGAAAUGAACAGGAUUCAGAAGCUAAGCAAGGGGAAAAGCCUGUUGGGGACAUUCAUUCCCCGCUGCAAUGAUGAAGGGUACUACAAAGCCACUCAGUGUCAUGGGAGCACAGGACAGUGCUGGUGUGUGGAUAAGUAUGGGAAUGAGCUGGCUGGCUCUAGGAAGCAAGGAGCUGUGAACUGUGAAGAAGAGCAAGAAACCUCGGGAGACUUUGGCAGUGGGGGUGCUGUGGUUCUCCUGGAUGAUCUGGAAGAAGAACACGGAGGAGCACGAAAGGACAAAGACGGGAAACUGAAAAUUCAUGUGAGGGCAACAAAUGAAGAUGAUGAAGAUGAAGAUGACGACAAAGAGGAUGAGGUUGGCUAUAUAUGGUAGUCCCCUCAGGGCAAAGGACAUGUGUUUUGCACAAUAUCACAAGUCCAUCACAACUCAACAAUUGUAUCUAAAACCAUUAGGCACAAAAUGUCUCCUCUCCACAGUUCUGUUCUGCACCCUGUGUAUGAUUUCGAAGACAGCUUUCCUUCUUUCCCAAGGAUGACUAUUUUGGGGAUGUGGAUGUUUUUUUCUUUAGCCUAGGGACAACUGGCUUCACUUAAACAAAGUCUCGUGCUCCUGGCUUCCCUUCUUCCCUUCACGAGGAUUUCUCUCAACAAUUAUUGUAGUUUAUGUGAAAUUCUGACUGGGGAGAGAGCCAGGUCCUCUGGAUGAAAAAAAAAAAGAGUCCUGUUUUACUUGUCUGUACUGGUAGUUCAUUAUGUCACAUUUUUUUCCUCCUAGACCUGCUUGCAAUGGCUGGCUGCUUUUCUUGUGUACUGAAGAUGAUAUGAGGAAAAAUGAAAUGCCUCAUUGGAAUCUUCCCUCUUGCCUCCACUCCCCCCCCCAAAAAAAAACCCCUGAUAUUUAUCAGUACAAAUUGAUUCUCCUGUGCAUAGCUACUUCUGGCUUUCUAAAAACAAUGGCCUUAAUUCUGCCAAGAGCCCCCUUGGGGAGCCAUUCUCUUUGCUAUAGAAUGGUUGCCAGAUGCCUGUCUCUCUCUAUAUUUAUGUAUGUAUAUAUAUAUAUAUCUAUAUAUGUGAGUGUGUGUGUGAUACACACACACACACACACACACACACACACACACACACACACACACACACACACUCAUACCCCUAUACAGGAAGAGAUAGUUGUUUAGAAUCUUUGGAGAACAAAGUUGAGAAGUAAUUAAGAUGCCAGCCUGUCCAGACAAUUACUAUUUCCAGAAGAAAAAAAUCCGAAAUCUGUGUAGAAACUGUUUUUGCAUUAAUAGUUGGCACUUGUAACCUGCAGGCUGAUGCAGUUUCUUCUCUCAGGCACCAGCAGGGCUGUUGAAAAUCUCUUUGAUUUUGAUAAGCCCCAGACUGCCUAAACAACUUCUCCUGCAGAAGCCAUGGAAUUCUCACUCUCCUCAGCGUCCUAAGCUGUCUCUUUCAUAUCAUCUCACAGACUUCCUUAGGCAACUAUGUUGUUUACUGCCUCUUCUUUUCCUCCAGUUCCUCCUACAGGGCUUUCCUAAGGCAUAUCUGACAGUCUCUUAAAAAAAAAAGAUGUAGUAUCACAAUAUUUCAUUAAGAGAAGGCAAUUGAAGAGUUUGACUUCAGUUUUGCAUUGGACCUGUUCCUCUGACAAAGGCAAGAUUUACCAACAGCCUCACAUGCCUUUACCAGUGAAGACUUGUGGACCAAAGAUAUGACUGUGCCCAGUCUUCCAAGGACCUUUGCCGUAAUUGGACCCAGAGUAGGGCAGAAGUUAUACUGAACAUUGUCAGAGAGACUCCAGCUUUUCCCAUAUAAGGGCCAUGGUGGUGUAGCUUCAUGUAGAAUGCAGUGAGGUUUGAUAGGUACUGAAAAUAUGCCAUUGCCUGGCCUCUGCACCCUAUGGGAAAGAAUCCAGGGAUUUGGGGUUAAAAAAGAGAGAGAGAGGCGAAUCCACCCAUUAUGACCAACCUGUAACCCAUACUUGUUUCUGUAUGAUCUUACCAUUUAGCUUGAAGAUUGAGAUUGGAGUGUUAGGACUAGACCAAAGCUGAUGCUAAACAUUUUUGCCCAUAGUGCUUUUGAUGAGGAAGUAUAAUUCUUAGGAGCAAAAAGCUCUAAAGGAAAUCGUGGACAUAUUAUAAAUAUGCAGCCUACAAAAGGAUGCUCCAGGCAGUUUCUUACCACAUUGAUGUCUACUUAAGAAAAAAAAAGAAAUAAUAAGAAAAUAUGCUUUUUCCAAUGUCUCAAUUUUCACUGAUGCCACUGCCCUCAGUAGUGUUGGCAAUUAUUUAUCUUUGGCUGCCCAUCCCCAGAGGGAUCUGUUCUCUUUAGGAUUGAUAAUGGGUUUCACGCUUUGCCAAAAAAAAAAAAAAUCAAAGGAUAGUGAAUCAAAAGGAAAUCUUCAUGACAUCUUCACAAAACUGGGGUUGUAAUUAAGGAGUAUAAAUAUUGAUUUAAAAAAUUGAAUUUUAAUCUCUUAUUUUUCUUUCUUAGAUACAAAUGAGCUUAGCUUUAAAAAGCUAAAAGUUUCUUCUAUAUUACUUUCCUUAUCCCAAGAGUUUUUUAUGAAAAUUUCGAAUCUCCACAAGUGGGCAGAAGGGGAUUACUAAUACCACAUGCUUAUUGCAAAUCCUGCAGAUCUUCAUCCCAUUCAGUCCUUAUAAUUGCUCCCUCCCUGCCUCUUGCAAUAGGGCUGGUCAAAAGGGUUUGAAAGCCUUUUAAGUAAGGUUUUCUUUCCCCCACCAGAGAACUUUCUUUCAACAUAGCCUUAGCCAUGCUCUUCCCCAAUUGAAAGUGCUCAUUAUAUUUUCAUCAAUUCACCACUCUGCUUUAUGGGAAAACUAAUUGGCAGAUGAAGUCAACGCACCCUUUGGUGGUUUGCCUCCUUCUUCAAUUGUGGCCUAAGCUAUACCACUGCAUUCCAUCAGCUCGGUCAAAAAUAUGGUCAACUCACUAGUUUGCUGGUCACUAUGAUACAAUUGGCUGCCGUUUUUUCUCAUUGAAUUGAAUGAUUUUUUUUUCCCUUACCCAUCCCAGCUGGCUAAACUGACACCAUAACACCCAAUGUUAAUUCUUCCUGCUUAUGAACAUAAUUGAUUCAGCUACUGAUGUGUGAGAACCAAGAGCAAGGAGAUCAUACAUCUGCUGUUCUAAUAGAGUGGGUCUUGCUAUGCAUGCCACAAAUUGCAGGACCAGGAAACUACUGUUAGGAAAUCACCACGAGACAAAGUCUUGAGAUCCAAUAUGCAUUAUCUCUGGUUCAAGUGGAUUUUAUUUGGCCAAGUCUUUGAACUCAGAGUUUGGAAACAGCUGCAUAAUAGCAGUUAAUUUACUAAAAUUGUUAAUUUAAUGAAAAUGUAUCCCUUAAAAAUUAAAAAUGCAUGAAAAGCUUUCAAUCCAGACUGCAAGAGAAAAUCAUUGUUAAUAACUCCAACUAGCUCUGAAAAUGCACCAGAGAACUCAUUAGAAUUGGCACAUUGAUUUUGCUUAGAGAAACUUUUAGGAAUGUAGUGAACUACUGAUUUUAAUUUACCUAAUUAUCUUAUGACAAGUAUCAAAUUAAGAUGACACUCAGAGCUCCUUAACAUUAACUUAAUGAUGGAUAAGAGAGUGCUGUGGAAAAUUUGUAGCAAGGUAAUGAUGCUCAAUUUUUGGAGAUGCUCUAAGAAGAUAUUUUGACUCAUUAGAACCUUAAAUACAAAACUAUUUCUGUGGUUAGAGCAAAGCUCAGUAAACACUAUUCUCACUCAACUUUCUUAGGGCAAUGUCAGGUUUCUGAAAAGCUUUUUAAAAUCACUUCCAUUGAAAAUUACAAUUUUUUUACAAGACUUAAUUCUGAUACUCGAAGAAUAAGUUUCUGUUUUAUCAUCUGAGGUGAAAGUUAGGCUUUGCCUUCUGUCACCAGGACUCUUAGGGUUCCACCACCAUGAUUACAUACAUUUGAAAAUUCCAGAUAUCCAGUGAUCAUCUUGAUGAUCAAUUUCCCCAUUUCUCUACUAGAACCAGCCUCCAAGUUGCAUCCUAAUGUGGUUGUUUAGAAAUUCCUUGUGAGCUGUGAGGAGGUCUUAAAUAUUUAAUAUUUCUUUUUUUUCCCCUUCCAAUUCAAAUCCAAAUUUUCCAUUUGGGAAAAAUGACUGGUGUGCCUCUUGCUUCUCUAAACCUGGCUUCAAUUUCAAUAUAAGUGUCUGACUUGGAAAUGUUUUAAUACUGUAUUUGGAGUUUUAUAGCAAGUCCUCCCUUCUACUCCUUCCAACACAUCUUGCCUCCCCAUCUCCCACUCUCUGUGACAAAUAAUAUGAAAUUGACAGCUGUCUCUCACCACAGGCCACCAGAUUGGUCCAUUGUAGCUCUUUCCCUUAAGUCUUUCUCCUAUAUCAUUCAUGUUUGUUUGAUGCAUCAACUGCACUGUACAAUAACAUCUAAGAGACCUUUCUUUCUACAGUGGGUGGUUUUGGUCUUUUUAUACUUUUUUCUCAAUGCUGCUGACAUUUGUUCCUGUUAAAUGUGUAGCGUUGUAAGGGGAAUGUCACCCAAAAACUCAGUGUGUCAGUUGGCUGUCCCUACUGUAGAUGCAAUGUAGAUGACCAUAAUAAAGUAGACUAGCAUAGUGAAUUCUGAAUGCUUUUCCAUACAGAUUUACCUGGAAUGUGAAUACUUGGCUAACCUCUUUGGUUAAUUGUAAAUUCUUAAUUGUAGUCCCGAAUAGUUGCAUUUCUGUCUGUCUCAAUAAAUUUGAAUUUGUCUGCCA